UAGAGCUCCAUGGUGACGUUGUUGUCGUGCGCGCUUCACUGACACUUGCGCGUUCAACAGGUGCUCUACAGUAGAGGCUCUGGUCACACAAUUUCUAGAAGCCUAAUUUACAACCAACUAGGUGUGUUUAAGACCAAACCGAUAGCGUGCGAUUCAUUGAUAUCGUUCGGUGUUGUUAAUGAGCGGAUUCGGAUAAGGUGUGGCCCAGAGUCCCCUGCAGGUGCAGGCAGCGGAGGACGCGCAACACUUCCCCCGACACCCCCUGCUGUUACACAGAGGAGGACCCCCGGGCCCCGCCGGAGGCUCACGGAAAGAUGAACUGGGGCUUUUUGGAGAACCUCCUCAGCGGGGUGAACAAGUACUCUACAGUGAUCGGGCGCAUCUGGCUUUCCGUGGUCUUUCUCUUCAGGAUCUUGGUGUACGUGGCAGCGGCCGAGCAGGUGUGGAAGGAUGAGCAGAAGGAUUUUGUGUGUAACACCCGGCAGCCUGGCUGUGAAAACGCCUGUUUCGACCACUUCUUCCCCAUCUCGCAGGUGCGCCUCUGGGCCCUGCAGCUCAUCAUGGUGUCCACCCCGUCACUGCUGGUGGCCCUGCACGUGGCCUACAGGGAGCACCGGGAGGCCAAACACAAGCGGAAACUGUACAAGGACAAAGGGAGUAUUGAUGGAGGUCUGUUCUGCACCUACAUCAUCAGCCUGGUCUUCAAGAUAUCCUUCGAGGUAGGCUCCCUGCUUGCUUUCUACUUCCUGUACAAUGGCUUUGAGGUGCCCAUGCUGCUCCGCUGUAGCCAGAGUCCCUGUCCCAACACGGAGGACUGUUACGUUGCUAGAGCCACAGAGAAGAAGAUCUUCCUCUACAUCAUGGCCUGCACAUCCAUACUGUGCAUCACUCUGAAUUUUGUAGAGCUCAUGUACAUUGUAUGGAAGCACUUGUGGAAGUGUUUCACCAGGCGGUACAUCCCUAUAGAGGAGAAGACUGCCAGGCACCGCCAGUCACAUGUUUCCAUCGCCAGCAAGAGUGUCUCUGUUGAGCCCACAGUAAACACAGAGGACAACAUCACACAGCCUGCACCCACCGCUGAAAACCAGCCGGUCUAGUCCAUGAGGGCUGGGACUGAGCUCAUGUUACCACCUCAAAGCGAACCCACAGUGAAAGCCUUGUUUGCCUGACAAAGCAACAUGGAUUCUGCUCACAAGCGAGCAAAAGAGCUAAAAGAUAUAAACAAACAGAACAAAUGCAAAUGAAAGAUAUCAUUACACCUGGUCUAACUCCAGACUGGAUGAAAUCUACAGUCCCAUGGCAUGAAAAUGUCACUUUAUGAGGUUUUUUAACAUUAAUAUGAGUCCCCCCAGCCUGCCUAUGGCCCCCCCAGUGGCUAGAAAUGGUGAUAGGUGUAAACCGAGCCCUGGGUAUCCUGCUCUGCCUUUGAGAAAAUGAAAGCUCAGAUUGACUGAUCUGGAAUCUUGCUCCUUAUGAGGUCAUGAGGGGCAAUCUUACCUCCCCUUUCUCUGCUUUGCCCGCCCAGAAUUUGGCCCACCUAUGAGAGAGAGAGACAUCAUGGCUUUCAAAUGAGCAAAGUAGCAGUUGGUCAAGGCCCCCCCCCCCCGGUGCUUUGGCAUGAAUGGAGGGCCGGCCCAUCAAAUAACUAGAACUGGUCUUGAAGACGAAGACAAAGGACGUUUUGAAAUGAAAAUUUGCUGAAAUUAAACAUAUAUUGGGCCAGUAUUACUUCAAGUGAUUAAAAAUGUAAUUUAAUAUUGAACACACAGUCAAAAGGUUGUUGGAAAGAUCUAUUGGGUCGGUGGUUUUUCAGUAAUUCUGCUAAAAACUACAAACAAAACAAAUCUCUGCACAAGCUUUUUCCGCAGAAGUACAAAUUAAGUAAUCAACAAUAGACCGCAUGUAAAGAUCGAUGACACAUUUCUAUUUCCACUGUACAAAAAUGUAACCAAAAUAUCCUGGAUACGGGCACUGGUGACAUCAUGUAGAGCCAGAGUAAUCAGAGGGUGGAGCUGUGGUGGUGAGGUCCCGCCCAUCCAACUCAAGUGCAUGAGCGGUCAAUCUGACGUCACACAAAAAAAGUCAGGAAAAUGUCCAAAAAAUCGAUUUGACAUGUACACUAGUUUGACUUUUAACUUUCAGUUUGGCCCCUGUCCCAUCUGCUAACAUGGAGGGGACAGAGUUAGGCCUCAUGCUGCAGCCAGCCACCAGGGGGCGAUCAAGGUGUUUUGGCUUCAUGUUUGGGAAGGUGUUAUUUCAGUAUGUGCUUAAAGAUCAGUUAUCCUCCUAUUAUGGGUGGAAACUGGCCAAUCGAUAUUAUUUAACAUUCUGAAAGUCAGUCAGAGCUGAGAAGAUGUUUUAUGGUUCCAGACAGGUUUUUCCAAAACUUGGAAACAUAUAUUGGUUUCCUUGGGAGGAUGAACUUAUUUUGUAUAAAGCAAUAUUUAACAAUGAUCUGCAUGUGUGUGUGUGAUGCAUGUGAAUAAUUCCUUUAUUUAAAUGAGAAGCAUUAAAACUAGGAUUAGCCUUUAGGGCGCCUGGUUAGCUCAUGUGGUUGAGCCUGCGCCCCAUGCACAGAUGCUCAGUCCUUAUAUACAUG